GGAGGAAGAAGCGUCGGCAUUGGCUCAGCCGGCGCCGGUUGGUAGCCUGAAGGCGGAUUUGACUGAAAAACCGACGGUGCAGCCGGCCGCUGUGCCCCCGAGGUUGAGGGGACCAGGCGUGGACCGGAGGGAGGGCGGGACCCCCGAUCUGGAGCAGCGGGCGACCGUGGCAGGCACGAUGAGAAGGGCGGUUUGGAGACUGGCUUGAAGGAGGGGCCGUCCCUCCGGCGCGGAAUGCGAUGUUAAUUCUGAGGCAUUGAUGUUUUACAAUGCCUGAUCAAGACAAAAAGGUGAAGACCACAGAGAAAUCAACUGAUAAAAAACAGCAAGGAAUCACCAUCAGGGACUAUUCAGAUCUUAAAAGACUUCGGUGCCUUUUGAACGUUCAGUCAAGCAAACAACAGCUUCCAGCCAUUAACUUCGAUAGUGCCCAAAAUAGCAUGACGAAGCCUGAGCCCGCCAUCAAGGCGGGUGGACACAGAGCUCGAGGUCAGUGGCAUGAGUCCACAGAAGCUGUUGAACUUGAAAAUUUUAGUAUAAACUACAAGAAUGAGCGAAAUUUCAGCAAACAUCCCCAGCAUAAACUAUUUCAGGAAAUCUUUACAGCCUUGGUGAAAAAUAGACUCAUAUGCAGAGAGUGGGUUAAUCGAGCCCCAUCUAUUCAUUUUCUGAGAGUGUUAAUCUGUCUGAGGCUACUAAUGAGGGAUCCAUGUUACCAGGAAAUACUCCAUAGCUUGGGUGGGAUUGGAAACCUUGCUCAGUACAUGGAGAUUGUGGCCAAUGAGUACCUCGGCUAUGGAGAAGAGCAACACAGUGUGGACAAGCUGGUCAACAUGACGUAUAUUUUUCAAAAACUUGCUGCUAUCAAAGACCAAAGAGAAUGGGUCACCACAAGUGGAGCCCACAAGACAUUAGUAAAUUUACUUGGCGCCCGAGAUACAAAUGUUCUGUUAGGUUCCCUUCUGGCUCUGACUAGUUUAGCAGAAAGUCCAGAAUGUAGGGAGAAGAUAAGUGAACUCAGCAUUGUAGAAAAUCUGUUGAUGAUUUUACAUGAAUAUGACUUGCUUUCCAAAAGACUAACCGCGGAGUUGCUGCGCCUGCUCUGUGCCGAACCCCAGGUGAAAGAGCAGGUGAAGCUCUACGAGGGGAUACCUGUUCUCCUCAGUCUGCUCCACUCUGACCACUUGAAGCUACUCUGGAGUGUUGUGUGGAUUCUGGUCCAGGUUUGUGAGGACCCCGAGACCAGUGUGGAAAUUCGCAUUUGGGGAGGCAUCAAGCAGCUUCUUCACAUUUUACGAGGAGACAGAAAUUUUGUUUCUGAUCGUUCCUCGAUCGGAAGCCUGUCGAGUGCAAAUGCUGCAGGCCGAAUCCAGCAGCUUCAUUUAUCAGAAGAUUUAAGCCCUCAGGAAAUACAAGAAAAUACUUUCUCUCUUCAAGCAGCCUGCUGUGCUGCCCUCACUGAACUGGUGCUCAACGACACCAACGCACACCAGGUGGUACAGGAAAAUGGUGUAUAUACAAUAGCAAAACUAAUUUUACCAAAUAAACAAAAGAAUGCAGCAAAAACUAAUCUAUUACAGUGUUAUGCAUUCAGAGCUUUGAGAUUUCUCUUUAGUAUGGAAAGAAACAGACCACUCUUUAAAAGACUUUUCCCCACGGACUUGUUUGAGAUCUUCAUUGACAUAGGACAUUAUGUUCGUGAUAUCAGUGCUUAUGAAGAAUUGGUAUCAAAGUUGAAUUUAUUAGUGGAGGAUGAACUGAAGCAAAUUGCUGAAAAUAUUGAAAGCAUUAAUCAGAACAAAGCUCCUUCGAAAUAUAUAGGCAACUAUGCAAUUUUGGAUCAUCUUGGAAGUGGAGCUUUUGGCUGUGUUUACAAGGUUAGAAAGCGUAGUGGUCAAAAUCUCUUAGCAAUGAAAGAGGUCAAUUUGCAUAACCCAGCAUUUGGAAAGGACAAAAAAGAUCGAGACAGCAGUGUGAAGAAUAUUGUUUCUGAAUUAACAAUAAUUAAAGAACAGCUUUAUCAUCCCAAUGUUGUACGUUAUUACAAAACAUUUCUGGAAAAUGAUAGAUUGUACAUAGUUAUGGAACUCAUAGAAGGAGCACCACUUGGAGAGCAUUUCAGUUCGUUGAAGGAAAAACACCACCAUUUUACUGAAGAAAGACUGUGGAAAAUAUUUAUACAGCUAUGUUUAGCUCUUCGGUACUUACACAAGGAGAAGAGGAUUGUCCAUAGAGAUCUGACGCCAAACAACAUCAUGUUGGGGGAUAAGGACAAAGUAACAGUUACUGACUUUGGCCUGGCAAAGCAAAAACAAGAAAACAGUAAACUCACAUCUGUUGUUGGAACAAUCCUGUAUUCCUGCCCUGAGGUCCUGAAGAGUGAGCCGUACGGGGAGAAGGCUGAUGUCUGGGCGGCAGGCUGCAUCCUUUACCAGAUGGCAACUCUGAAUCCGCCCUUCUACAGCACCAACAUGCUCUCCUUGGCUACAAAAAUAGUGGAGGCGGUAUAUGAACCAGUGCCAGAAGGUAUCUACUCUGAAAAAGUGACAGAUACCAUCAGCAGGUGCCUCACUGCUGAUCCGGAGGCCCGUCCAGAUAUUGUAGAAGUCAGUUCGAUGAUAUCGGAUGUCAUGAUGAAGUAUUUAGACAACUUAUCUACAUCCCAGCUGGCCUUGGAGAAGAAGCUGGAACGGGAACGAAGGCGCACACAAAGGUAUUUUAUGGAAGCCAACCGGAAUGCCGUCACAUGUCACCAUGAGCUGGCUCUGCUAUCUCAUGAAACCUUUGAGAAGGCAAGCUUGAGUAGCAGCAGCAGUGGAGCAGCCAGCCUGAAAAGUGAACUCUCAGAAAGUGCGGACCUGCCGCCUGAAGGCUUCCAGGCUCUCGGUGGUAAGGAAGAAGACAGGGCCUGUGAUGAAAUCCUGUCGGAUGAUAACUUCAACCUGGACAAUAUUGAGAAAGAUAUGUAUUCAGAGCUAGAUGAUGAAUUGGACGUUUCGGAUAACUCCAGCAGCUCCAGUUCAAGCCCUCUGAAAGAAUCUACCUUCAGCAUUUUAAAGAGAAGUUUUAGUGCUUCAGGAGGAGAAAGACAAUCCCAAACAAGGGACUUUACUGGUGGAAUAGGAUCAAGACCAAGACCAGCUUUGCUGCCUCUUGACCUGCUUCUGAAAGUGCCACCCCUCAGGCUCAGGGCUCACGUUAAGGAGAUAGAGGCCGAGUUAGUGACAGGGUGGCAGUCCCACAGCCUUCCUGCCGUGAUUCUUCAAAAUCUCAAAGAUCAUGCAUCUGCAGGGAUUGCUGUGUCCCAGAGGAAAGUACGUCAGAUCAGUGAUCCUAUUCAGCAGAUAUUAAUUCAGCUGCACAAAAUCAUCUACAUCACACAGCUUCCUCCAGCUUUGCACCACAAUUUGAAAAGAAGGGUUAUAGAGAGAUUCAAGAAGUCCCUCUUCAGCCAGCAGAGUAACCCUUGUAAUUUGAAAUCUGAAAUUAAAAAGUUAUCUCAGGGAUCUCCAGAACCGAUAGAGCCCAACUUUUUUACAGCAGAUUACCACCUAUUACAUCACUCAUCGGGUGGAAACAACCUGUUCCCGAACGACCUGUCAGGUCUACCUACCAGCUUUGAUUUGGAGGAAGGAAUAACAUAUGAACAGAUGCAGACUGUGAUUGAAGAAGUCCUAGAGGAAAGUGGCUAUUACAAUUUUACAUCUAACAGGUAUCACUCCUAUCCGUGGGGGACCAAAAACCACCCAACCAAAAGAUGAAAAUGCUGCAUAUUGAAUGGACUUGGUUUUCCCGUGAAGUUCAAGUUCUGGACUUCAGCCAGUACUGCAAGAUGCCCAAGGAUUGCGUGCUGCUAAAAGGGUGUGGAAGAGAAAAGACCAAGAUGCCA